CGGAGGGAAAGAAGAAGAAGAAGAAGCGGAAUUCUGUGGGUCAGGAACGAAGAAAAGAUCGGCCAUCAUUCUGAGGUCAACAGUCAGGAUGCCGAGACAUUGCUCAGCAGGUGGCUGCAAAUCGCGAGACAACCAUGAGACUCGAAAUGCCGGUGUUACCUUUCACAAGUUACCAAAAGGAGCAACUCGGAGAACCCUUUGGAUCAGCAACUCUCACCGCGCAGACUCCUGGGAUCCUCAGACUGACUUUGUCUACUUUUGUUCAAAACACUUUACGCCGGAGAGUUUUGAACUGAGUGGAAUCGGUGGCAUCAGAAGACUAAAGGAAGAUGCAGUUCCUACAUUGUUUGAUUCGUCUCCAACAACCAAAUACAAAAGGAAGGAAGGAGGAAGGCAGCGGAAGCAAGAUGGCAUCCCUGUCAGGGAGGGUUCCCAGUCAGGAGAACAGGAUAACACACAUCAGGAGAUCAACCAGUGUCAAACUACAGAAGAACCCACAGUUCAGAAGACCGUAGCAGCCACUAAGGAGACUAAUCAAGACGUAUCUGCAUUUUCUCAAGCACCAUCCAGGUUGGAGCAGCUUUCACAGCAAGAACUCAGUCCCGCACCUCCAGAGUCUCGUCCCCUUUCCCCGUCACGUUACAUGAGACGUCUGCCCCCUCCUCCGGGCUUCUACCUGUCAAAGGAGCACAGCUACGCUCAGCUCUGUCCCCUCUUGUGGAGGAGACGUUAUGACCAAGUUGUUGACUGCUUGGAAAAAGCCCUACGACAACUGCAUGCAGCCAGACGGAGGGAAAACCGUCUGCGGAGCACUGUGCUGAGGCUCCGGGAUAAACGACUGAAGCACAUACUGCUUCUGUCGCAAAAUGGUUGUAAAAACAGGGGAAGCUGCACACAAGGGGGAGAAAAAAGGCAACACGGAGGAGACCCCGACUUUGGCGAGAAUGACACUUCUCCGAAAUCCAAGAAUAUAAAGUUGAUCGAGGACAAAUGCGUUGAUCAAAUGGAGUCGGGAUGUCAUUUUCUUUCAGAGACCAGUAGCUGGUCUGAGAAGGAGAAGGGAUACUGUUUUUAUUGUGGAAGAGCGCAGGAGCAGAUUGGUAAGCAGCUGCCACACGUGAAACCCACAGAGCACGAGGACCUGCUGAAGAGGCCGAGUAAUGUUGCAACAAGUACUUGUGACACAGCUGAAAAUGUGGGUCACAUACAGAUCACGAGGCUGCAAAGAGCAGCCUGGAAAGAUGUAGAAGCUAGAGACGGCAGUGUAACAGAUUCUCACGUCCUGUUGCAAAAUCCAGGUGUUCAGCAUAUGGUCUCAGCUGGAGUGUGUCUCCUUAAAGCUGAUGAGCAGAGUUUGCAUUACCUGGGCUCUCAGCAGAAGCUGCUGCUGUCUGACGUGUGUCAAGGGGAGUCUGAUGUGACGAGUCGGGAUCAUCGCCCGGACCUGCAGCAUCAGCUGUUAUGGAUCCAGGACAAUGCAGACAGGCAGGUCAUUCUGUUGACUGUCCCUACUGAUGAUGGGUCACAACAUUUUCUCACGAUGGAGAAUGUGGCUGGCGAAGAACAAGCAGUUCUUUUGUCAGAACUGGAUCUCAAAGGUGUGGAGCACUCGACAGACAACAGCGGAGGUCUGGCCAGAGUCGAAGCCGCCUGUGAUGAGCAACACAGUGACCAGAAUUCAGUUUCAAAUGGUGCAUUGGUGGAAAUGCGAGAAGAUGUCAGGGUGAAACUUAAAGAGCACCUGGAGGGAUUCCACCUUCAGCUGAGUACUGAGUUUAGACACUAACAAGAAUUAUUAUUUAGCUAUAUGAUUUGAAUGUGAUUGCAUGUUUUAUUCUGACAGCAGAUUGGAAUAUGCUGCAUGUUAUACAGAACUAAAUUUGUAUGCUCUGGGCUCAGUCAUAGGUUGAGUUUAUGUUAUUGGGUUAGGGUUAUGCAGCAGGACAGUGAUUUGAAACACUCCUCAAUCCAUCAAAAAAAAAAAAGAGGAUUUUGGAGUGGCCUUCUCAAAGUCUGGACUUAAAAUCAGAGAUGUUUUGGCUGUUCAUGCUGGAAAACUGCAACCAGUGGGCCAAAAUUCCUCAACAGUAAUGUGAAAGACUCAUUGCCAACACUUGAUUACUGUUCUUGCUGCCGAGGGUGGCACAGCCAAUGGGGGCAAUUACUUUUUCAAAUACGGCCUGGUAGGUUUAGAUAGCUUUUUUGCUUUAGCAAAUGAAAUCAUCAUUUAAAAACUGUAUUUUGUAUUUACUUGGGUUAUCUUUGUUUAAUGUUAAAAUGUGUUUGAUGAUCUGAAACGUUUAACUGUUACAAAUAUGUAAAAAAAACUAAGAAAUCAGGAGGAGGGGAAAUACUUUUUCAGGACACUGCAGCUACCCAGAUAGCCAGACAGACUCCAGGCCGGAUCCACCCUCGACUGAAAAUUUAAUCUGCUAAUGAGAUGAGAUGUUUAUAGAGAAUAUUAUACAGAUUAAUUAUUUCUGCAAUAACUGGAUUAAAAAAAAUAAAGCUUACAGAAAAAAAAAGUCUGUUUUAAUGUUUCCCAGUUUAACCAUUUAUAAAUUGAUCUAUUGAUCCUUCACUGAUAGA